AUGGGACUGCUGGUGGGGCAGCAGAGUGAGGAUGGUGGAGGGAAGGAGGUGCAGCAGCAGCUCAAGCUGUACUUCUGCAAUAGCAGCGAUCAAACUAACCUGUCCUGCAACCAUUGUCUCCCCAGGUCAGGCAGUGUCCUGCACCACUGGAAUGAGAUCUAUCACUUCGUGGAGCACUUGGCCCGCAAGUUCAUCAGCCCUCAGCUGAGGAUGUCCUUCAUUGUUUUUUCAACCAGAGGGACAAUUCUAAUGAGGUUAACAGAAGACAGGGAGCAGAUUCGCCAGGGCCUGGAGGAGCUGCAGAAGGUGCUGCCGGGUGGUGACACGUACAUGCACGAGGGAUUCGAAAGGGCAAGUGAACAGAUUUACUACGAGAAUGUUCACGGUUACAGAACCGCCAGUGUCAUCAUCGCACUGACAGACGGAGAGCUCCACGAAGACCUGUUCUUCUACUCCGAGAGGGAGGCUAAUCGGUCGCGGGACCUGGGAGCGACGGUGUAUUGUGUGGGAGUGAAGGACUUCAACGAGACCCAGCUGGCUCGGAUUGCCGACAGCAAAGAUCACGUCUUCCCAGUGAACGACGGGUUUGAAGCCCUUCAGGGGAUCAUAGACUCUAUUUUGAAGAAAUCCUGCAUAGAAAUCCUGGCAGCAGAGCCUUCCAGUAUCUGUGCAGGGGAGUCCUUCCAGGUGGUGGUGAGAGGGAAUGGAUUCCGACACGCCCGCAACGUUGACCGAGUGCUCUGCAGCUUCAGGAUCAACGACACCGUCACUCUCAAUGAGAAACCCUUUGUGGUGGAAGACACCUACCUGCUGUGCCCGGCGCCCGUGCUGCGGGAAGUUGGCAUGGAAGCAGCUCUUCAAGUCAGCAUGAACGAUGGCCUGAGCUUCAUCUCCAGCUCCGUCAUCAUCUCCAGCACACACUGUUCAGAUGGGACCAUCCUGGCCAUCGCCUUGUUGAUCCUCUUCCUCCUGCUGGCCUUGGCUCUGCUCUGGUGGUUCUGGCCUCUCUGCUGCACUGUGAUCAUCAAAGAGCCUCCCCCACCCCCGGCAGAAGACAGUGAGGAAGAAGAUGAUGAUGGUCUUCCAAAGAAGAAAUGGCCAACAGUAGAUGCCUCUUACUAUGGAGGACGAGGAGUUGGAGGCAUCAAACGGAUGGAGGUGCGCUGGGGAGAGAAGGGCUCCACGGAGGAGGGGGCCAAGCUGGAGAAAGCCAAGAACGCGCGGGUGAAGAUGCCGGAGCAGGAGUACGAGUUCCCGGAGCCGCGCAGCCUGGCCAGCAGCAUGCGCGCACCCUCCUCGCCCCGCAAGUGGUACUCGCCCAUCAAGGGCAAGCUGGAUGCUCUCUGGGUCCUGCUGCGGAAAGGAUACGACCGCGUGUCUGUGAUGCGCCCUCAGCCAGGAGACAAGGUACUGUGCCCGGAGCAUCCCCUCACUGCAGGGAGAAGGAGCAUCCCUCUGAAGUUCCUGACUGCCUUGCCGUAG